AGAGACUUAAAGCCCAUCCACUCCCACCUGCUGCCAGGGGCAGGGACACCUUCCUCUCCUGUCUGGUCUGGGAGACUUCCAGCAAUGGACUUACAGGUCCUACAUCUGUAGAUGUCCCAGUUACCCACAGCCCCUGUAACAGACUCUGCUCAGUGACUAAAAAGGAAGUGUUAACCAAGCAACAGUAAAUUUGUGGGAGCGGAAGACUGGUAAUGAGGAUGUAAAUAUGCUGAAGUGACCUCACAGCUGGGAACAGCUCCUUAAAGGCUGCUUGCAACAGCCAGAGAUCUUCCAGCAAGGACCAGGUCUAACACUGCCCCUGCCCAGGUGAUGCUUUGGGGAGCCUACUGUCAGCAAGGCACAAAUCUACUUGGCUUUGCUUCAAAACUUCAGCCACAGCAGAAUGUUUAAAAAUGUCACCAAAUUCAUCGUAAAUCAAAUGGAUCCAUGCAAAGAAUUGGUCCCUGUCGAGAGCAUCGCAGACAAUGAGCACUUCAGGCCUCUCUAUCUACUGAAAAGAAAGAGAAAACCAAAAACCAUCUUCCACCCAGCUCCCUACUACCAGCGGACAGGGUUCACACUGCAUGAUGUGCUGCUGCCUGGAGAAGAUGGUAAAAGCAUAGAGUCCCUCCAUCAAGAUUCUUGCCAAAUUACUAUCACAAAAGCCAGCAAAGACCAAGCUGAUGGAGGUCUCAGCAUUUCAUGUGAUCCUGCAAGUGUAGAUCUGCAAGGAGGUGGCUCCUUGUCCAAAGAGUUUUCCAUUACACCACAGAAGAAGAGUAUUUCCCUGCAAUCACUGGAGGCACUGAGAAGAGAAAGAGAAAUCAACAUGGAUCAUUCCUUCAUCCAACAGCUACGGAGAACAGACAUCAAUCUAUACGUGGUCACUGAAAUCCUCGAAGCCUCUGAGGAGACUGUCUACAAGGAAUCCACCAAGGCAGACGGGGGCUUCAAGGCCAAAUUUUAUGCCACACUCUGUGCAAAGGGCACCAGGGAGGACAAACAAACCAUAGUCAUACCCAAGGGCUGCACCCUGGCCUUCAGGACCAUCCCGCUACAUAUUAGAGAUGGAGCAUGGGAUCUGGACUAUUUCCCAGUAGAAGCGCUGAGAAGAGCAGCAUAUAUAGCUGAUGGUCCCUCACAAGGAAAAUUAGGAGUAGUGGCGAGUGAAGUUAAAUACUCCUGCAGAAAUUUCCCUGAUUUGUCUCCUGAUGUCCUGCUCAUUGUCUUCAACACCAUCAAAGCUGUGAUGAGAGACAAGAACCUCCUUCAAGAGCUCACACAGAAAAUGGAAGAUAUUCCUGAGCAAAAUGAUGGCUAUGAGCUGAAAACUGAGAGCCCACACUUAAAAGACCUGUUCAGCACCUUACAGCAUUCUCCAAGAGAUUGUCUACUUCAGGUGGCAGGAGGAAUCACUUAUGUCCUUGAUGCUUUGCAUGAGUUAAUGGACGAUCAGCUGCUGCUGCUUCUUGAAUCCUUGGAAAGGAAGAUUCUGUCCCAACAGCUGAAACUGGUUGAAAACCUGCUGAAACAUGACCUGGAUAAGGGGAAGAGUUUCCAUGUAGAUGCCAGGCUGCUCUCCUUCCCACACGAGGAGGAACUGAUGUUAACCAUGGAACUGGUGGAGCUGAGUGGAGUGCAGCUCCAGGAAGAUGGAUCAGCUGUCCCUAGGGAUCAACCCUUCGAGUCUGUGGCAGCCCUGUUUGUGGCCAUGUACGCCCUCAACCUCCUGAGUGGCUCCAAGUAGGACACACCAGGCCCUGCCCAGGAAACCCCUCUGCAAGGUGAUGGGAUAUCUCUGCUGACAAGAGAGUUUUCU